AUGGCCUCCGCCGGCCCGAGUCAACUCGACCAACAGGUCCUCUCUUGCCUCGAGGCCACAUUGAGCCCCGAUGAGGCCACACGCCGUGCCGCCGAGGCACAGCUCCAGCAGCUCUACCAGCACCCUGAGGGUGGCCUGAGUCUGACGCGUAUUCUCGGCUCACACAGCGUUCCCCUCCCCCAACGUCAGAUAAGUAAGUACAUUUCAGUCCACUGGUACCCCGGAGCCGACGCGUACGAGCAGCCCACGACGCCUUCGGAGGUCAAGGAUGCCGUCCGCCCCUUGCUCCUUUCCGCUCUGUCCGACCCCGAGCGCAAGGUUCGCGCCGCCGCUGCGUUUGCUGCGAGCACCGUGGCACGCUUCGACUGGCCCGAGGAUUGGAGCAGUCUCUUGAGCUCGCUCAUCACCCUUCUCCAGACUGGCAACCCCGACGCCGUUCAUGGCGCGAUGCGCGUGGUCAUCGAGUUUGUCAAGAACGAUCUUAGCGAGGACCAGCUCCUCCCCGUUGUCCGCGACCUCGUCCCGGCCCUGCUUGCCAUUCUCGGCAACACGGCGUACGGCUUUGCCACUCGCGCCGAGACGGUCGCUGUGUACCGUCACGUUCUCACCAUGCUCACCACUGUGCGUGACGAGCACCCCGCCGCGGUCAAGAACGCUCUCGACCAGAUGGCGCCCGUGUGGUUCAACGCCUUCUCUCAGCUCCUUGGGGUCGAUGCCGCGGCCGAGGUCCAGGCGAGCUGGGAAAGCCUUGCUUUGCGUAUCCAGAUCUUCCGUGUUCUUCUCCAGUUCCAGGCCAGCUUCCCGCGCUACCUUGGCCCGCACGUCCAGAGCUUUGUCCGCAUGUCGAUCAUCAACCUCACCUCCCUUCUGCCGACGUUCAAUGCCUACUACAUCUCGACCGACCCUGACGCACCGUCGCCUCCCCAGCCAUCGCCUGAUGCUGCGUUCACGACCAAGAUGGACCUUGACGACCUGGCGUGUGCCAUCUUUGAGUUCCUCGAGCCCACUGUUCGCGUCAAGGAGGCCAAGGACCAGCUCGUCAACGCAGACAGUACCGCCGGUACUGCUGUGCUCGAGACCAUUAUUGGCCUGGUCCUCACCUACACUCAGGUGACCCGUGAGCAGGAGGAAGAGUGGAUGGAAGACGCCAAUGCGUUUGUCGAGGACGAGGAUGAGGACAACAUUGUCUACUCCCUCCGCAUUGUCGGCCACGACCUCAUGGGGUCUCUCAUUGACAAGUGGGCUCGCCCUGUCGGCAGCAUCGUCAAUGACAUUGCCAAGCGCCGCGUCCAGGAGUCUGCAAAGGCUAGCCAGACUGGCCAGAAGGACUGGUGGAAGCCCCUCGAGGCCAUGCUCGGUCUCCUUGGCGGCAUCGCCGAUGACCUCACCAUCCUCAUGGACGACGACAAGGACAUGGGCAAGCCGCUCACUCUCGACCUCCCGUUCUUCUUUGACCAGGUCAUUCCCGGCCUACUCUCGCAGUCUAACGCUCCUUUCCUCCAGGGCCGUGCUUUCGUCUUUGCUUCGCAGUUUGCCGGCCAGCUCCCAACUGCCGUCGCUGAGCAGUAUCUCGGAGCGGCUGUGCAGGCCCUCGCCGAGCCUUCGACCAGUGUGCCCGUCAAGAUCUCGGCCGUCAAGACAAUCAAGAACUUUUGCCGCCACGUUGACCAGAGCGUCAUGGGUCCUCAGGCUGGCAAGGUUCUCUCCCUCCUCGUUCCCAUCCUCCCCGAGACCUCCAGCGAGACGCUGUACCUCGUCAUGGAGACUGUUCACUCCGUAGUCUCGCUCGACAAGGCGUCACUUUCGGCAGAGAGCACCACCGCUAUUAGCGAGGCAAUCUAUUCCGAGUUCCUCAAGCACUCGACCGACCCUGUUCUGACCGCCAUUGUGACGGAGCUUGUCGAAGCCGUUUCCAACUCGCCUUCGCCUGCUGUUGUCUCUUCCCUUGUUUUGUUCUUUGCGCCCAAGCUUGCCGCUGUCAUCACUUCACCUGUUGACGAUGAGACUGUCCACCUUCCUGCCGAGGCUGUGCAACUUGCCAACGCGCUCAUCAAGUCGCGUGGUGGACCGCUCGAGGCUGAGCUUAUCGGCACAGUUACUGUCGCCGUCAUGCAGGUGCUCCAGACCACCGACGACAUGGACGUCAUCCAGCAUGGCAUGAUCCACCUCACCCUUGUUGUGCGCAAGGACUGCGACAAGCUCAUUCAGUGGCGUGACCCCAACGGCCGUAACGGUAUCGAGGUCAUCUUUGGCCUCCUCGCGCGCUUCCUGGCGCCCACGUUCUCCGAGUCGGGCGGCGUCUUCAUUGGCGACCUCAUCAUGCACCUUUUCCGCAAGGCCGGUGCCGUCAUUGCCCCCAUCCUUGGCGAGCUCCUCCAGGCUGUUGUCAACCGCCUCGCCACUGCCAAGCUGCCCUCGUUCAUCACCUCGCUCAUCAUCCCCUUUGCCUACCUGUUUGGCACCGAGUUUACUCAGCAGACCAUUGAGCUCCUCACGUCGUUCCCGGCUGUCACCGUGGCCGACGGAACCUCGGUUCCGGCUCUGAACCUCGUCCUCGCGUCGUGGUGCGAGCAGGCUGAGACCAUUACCGGUUCAUGGAACAUUCGAGUCAACGACCUUGGACUGUCCAAGCUCUUUGCUCUCCCCUCGGCCCCUCUUCGCUCGGUCCUUGUCCGUGGUGACCUGGUCAUUACCGACGCCAACCGUAACAAGAUUAUGACUCGCUCGCGCACCAAGCAGACCCCCAACCAGUACACCCAGAUCCCAUUCCCCGUCAAGACGCUCAAGCUUCUGCUCAAGGAUGUCCAGGCGGAGGGCAAGGUGACCGACAAGGACAAGAUCAAGGCCGCUGGCCUUGACGUUGCGGAGGAUGAUGGCGACGAGGAAUGGGACGACGACGACCUUCUCGGUGCCUCCAACCCGGCCGACGAGUUUGGCUUCCUCUCGGACUGGCUCGACGAGGGUGGUGGCGAGAACGAUGCUCAAGAUGACGAUGAGGAUCUCCGCCAAGACCCGCUCGCCCAGAUCGACAUGGGCAAGCACAUCACCGACGUUCUGCGCGAGUCCUACCUCUCCAACGCCAACGGCAUGCAUGAGAUGGUCGACGCUCUCGACGACACUGAAAAGGGCAUUCUCCGCGGUGUUCUCACCAUCGGUUAA